AUGCCAAGUCGCUAUCUGUUAAGCAAGGCUCAGACUCGUAUUUUCCAUAGCGAUACCCCAAAGUGGAGCUUAUCCCAAUCUCCUUAUCAUAUACUAAAGUCAACCCAGUCUUCUUCGAAACAGGAUCUCAAGGACAGAUUUAUAGAGCUUACAAAACAAUAUCAUCCCGACAAAACUUUGAAUAUGCCAGAAGAGGAGCGCCAGAGGCGCCAUACUCAUUAUCUACAUAUUCAGGCUGCAUAUAAGCUUCUACGUGAUCCAAAAACAAGGCAAAUGUAUGAUUUGGGUCAGAUAACAUACAAUCCUAACAAAUCUAAUAGUUAUACCACUUUUGGAGGAAAUAUAAUCACUCCUUCUGUCAAAGAUUUUAUCUAUCCUUGGGUUCUUGGUGUUGCUUUUUUGGGUAUUAUGUCACUCAUAUGGAUUGACAAUAAUAACAGUGCGCGAAUCCGAGAAGAAGAGAUUGCAUGGCAGUACUUUCGCCAGCAGCGCCGAAAAGAAGGUCUUGGUGACAUUGUUGGAAUGACGCACUAUAGGCGAGUUUGA